GCUUAGAUAGUGGUAGGCACUGACGCGAAUCUGGGUGCCAGGGUAGAGUCCUCUACCCGGGUGCAGUAGUCUCUGGUCUUACAGAUGCGAAAUUGCGCUUCUCCUGCAGUCCCGGAGAGCGCAGAACCCGCAGCCUCUAGUGGCCGAUCGACCCCUGCCCCAGAAGAGUGAUCGUCAGGAACAAGACUUGGGAACGAAGAUCCCAGGAAAAGAAAUCCUUCCUGAUAUACUACACAGAUGUCAAGACAGGGCCACCGGCAGGGUCAAGAGGAACAGAGAAUUUAAGGAGGGUUUCCAUGGUGCCGGCUGCGACCCUCACAGUCAUCUUCAUCUUCCUGGAUCGGUCGCCGUUGUCCGAACCUCUUUGGGCUGCCGGGGCUGACAUGCACUCUCUUUUCUAUAAUUUCAUCAUCAAUCCUAAAGCCCAACCUGGAGACCAAUGGUGCAAAAUCCGAGGUCAGGUGGAUCAGAAGACUUUUCUUUUCUAUAACUGUGUCAAUGCCAAAGCCAAAUCCAUAAGUAUCCUUGGAGGGAAGAUUGAUAGCACCAAGACCUGGGAAGAGCAGACAGAAACACUGCGGGAUUUGGGCAACAUGCUCAAACAGGAACUGCUUGACAUUAAACUAGAGAACUGUGCAGCCACAGCUCCCGCCAUCCUGUGGGCCAACCUGACCUGUCAUGGUAGAGCUGGUGAACCCCCCAGUGGGUCCUGGGAACUUGGCUUCAAUGGACAGAUUUUGUUCCAUAUUGAGUCAAACAAAAGAAAGUGGACAGAGGUCAAUCCUGGAUCCAGCUGCAUCAAAAAGAAGUGGGAAAAAAACAGGGAGCUGACCCAGUUCUUAUACCGGACCUCUACGGAUGACUGUGGGAGUUGGUUUGAGGAGUUCAUGGAGCACUGGAAGGAAAUCCUGGAGACAAGAGCACCACCCACCACCCCAGCUAUAGCUGAAUCCAGGUCCAAGACCGCAAUACAGAGCCCCAGAGCCCAGCUGAUCCUGACCUGCUCCGUCCUACUUAGCAUCCUAGGAACACUGUCAUAGUUCUUCACAGUUGCAGGUCGUAAGGAAAGUUAAAACUUUAAGUUGGAAAGGCUUGGGUUAAGGCUUUCGGCUCUCUAAGGCGUCUAACCACUAGUUCACCUCUUCUUUCUCUGGAUACCUGGCCAGUUCCCUGGGAAAAAACAGGGAGGACUUUGUUAUAAAGACCAGAUGUUCUUAACAUCAAGAUAAGGAAUGUGAUACAUUCCGUCCCUCCAGGAUCUCUGGCCAGGGCCCGGUUGGGACGCGACUGCAAGCACAUUCACCUUUUUUCAUGCCAAAAGUACAGGUAGUUUUACCACCUUUGUCUAGAGAGCUGUAUAAGCAGCCCUCCUAGCCCAGGCUGCUGCUGCUGCUGUCUUACGCCCAGAAUUGAGACAUGU